GUUGGCCUUAAGUGUUCGGAAUAUGAGUCAAAACGGUAUGUAGAGGCACGAAAAAUAAGUUCUGUUUUUCUGUGCAUCCGAACUACCAGCAGUCAAGUUGGAGUUGUUGAAAGUGCCUGAUCAGAAGAGAAUUAAUCGAAAUAUCUGCUCAUAAUAAAAAUGAAUAGAAUACAUCCAAGGAUUACUUGCGAUGUUUGCGGCAGGGUCAACAUUGUCGGCACUCGAUAUGCUUGUUUGGUGUGUGAAGAGUACGAUAUGUGUGAGAUGUGCUUCAGCUAUCGCUGCCGCAGCCACCAGCAUAAGCCCUACCAUCCGAUGCAGGCGAUCCUCCCGGAGGACGAAUUCUUCGACAGCCUUCGCAGAGUCGGUCCAAAUGAACUUCGCAUAUACUGCUGCCCUUACUGUGGCGAGAAAGGUCUGAGUGUCACUGGGAUGAUCAAGCACCUACAGCGGUUCCAUCACUUUGGAGGACAUCCGGUCCGGUGUCCAAUCUGCUUGGUAUACAAGAUGAGGAAUAGACACUUGCUCAAGACUACAUUGUUGCAACAUUUGCUGGGUCGGCACAAGGAAGAAUGUGUCCCCAGGAGGGGUCCACCACAGGCGCAAUGUGCUCCGGAGUGUUCAAUCUGCAUGGAUCCAAUGACAAUGAUGAGCAGUGUCAGAAAUUUGCAGUGUGGCCAUCAGUUUCAUUCCGGUUGCAUCUCGAACUGGCUGAUGAACAGUUCGAACUGUCCACUUUGCCGAGCGAAUGUUGGUGCUCGUGGUCACACUAUUGCUACCAUCGGAUAUCUAGAAAUGUUUUAAAUAUGGUUUUUAUCUAAAAUUUCCAUUAAAACAGAACUUUAAUUCGACGAAA